CUGGCAUCUGAAACAGCUCGGACUCGCUGGAGGCAACCCGGUCAACCUGCGGAUGCUGUGAACCAGGAGCUGACCAAAAAGUGGGAGAGCCCCAGGAUUCCUCCCCAGAAAAGUGGGCAUUUGUCUGUGUAAUGGUUGUCAAUUGGCAGCUGAAGUUGGGAGGCACUGAGGACUUACAAAGCUGCAGAGACUAAAUUGUCUUCUGAUUCUUCCAUGAACUGCUCUGAGCUCAGAGUGCCUGCUGGGGUGUGUGUAGAAGAAUGGCUGCGGCAGAACCUCUGACCGCUUUCUCCCGAUGGUACCUCUACGCCAUUCACGGCUAUUUCUGUGAGGUGAUGUUCACGGCUGCCUGGGAGUUUGUGGUCAACUUUAACUGGAAGUUCCCAGGUGUUACCAGUGUGUGGGCGCUCUUCAUCUAUGGCACCUCCAUCCUCAUUGUGGAGAAGAUGUAUCUGUAUCUCAAAGACAAGUGUAACAUUUUAGUGCGCUGCUUCAUUUACACACUUUGGACAUACCUCUGGGAGUUCACCACCGGCCUCAUCCUACGCCAGUUCAAUGCCUGCCCAUGGGACUAUUCCCAGUUUGAUUUUGACUUCAUGGGCCUGAUCACCCUGGAGUAUGCCAUCCCAUGGUUUUGUGCUUCUUUCAUCAUGGAGCAGCUGGUGAUCAGAAACACCCUGCGCUUACGAUUUGAUGAGACUGCCGAGCCGGGGGCCCCCACCGUCCCCGUUGCCUUGGCCAAUGGCCAUGUGAAGACUGAUUGAGCAGUGACUCAGAACCACACUUAGCAAUCUGAGAGAGCCCAGACCUCAACCACAGACUGUCAGCUCUGGCUCUGAGGUACUGCUCCUUGCUGUAUGAUAAGAUUCAUAAACCCCAUUUUUCUGAUGGGGGUGUGCAUGGGAUAUACCAGAAAAAAAUGGAACCAAUAGAUUUUCUAUGGAUUUUACUCUUUGGGCUCCAAGGACCAAUAUCAAUUACUUGUUAGUUAGGUAAUUUCUGAUUUUAACUUAUUACAGAUGAAAGCAGUCCUUUUGCUUACACUUUUAUGUGGAGAAAGAAGAAAGAGAAAUGCUACAGCGGAAAUGCAUCCAAAAAGAAAAAACCUAAUUAGUGGAUGGGCAUGGACACGCCAGCUAAGUUAGUGAUUGGCUUACUCCAUUAGGCAAUAUUCAGGUGCUUGCUUGCAACCAAUACCUCCCGUGGGACCUGAGAUGCUGCAGGAACAAGGAAAAUCCAGCUGCUGUUGAGAAGAACCUAAGACUGGCGGUCUGCUGGGGAGGUAGAUGGUGUUCCCCUUGUGAGGUCCCAUUGGCCUCUCCCCAGGUUCUUUGUUGCACCAUGAAAUAAUCUGGUGCUGGACAUCUUGCUGAAUUUAUACAGAUCUUGUACUUUUUGAAAUCUCAGUCCUGAUACUCACUAGAAAUUUUUUUCUUUUUUUUUCUUUUUUUUUUUUAAAUAAAGGCCUUUUUUGCCGAGUGAAUUUUACCAUAAUCUGUGCAAUCUGAAUCUUGGCAAAAGGCGCAAGAAAUAGCGUAAGUCUUCCCAUCUCUUCUGUCCCCCCAAAGCAGACCUUGCCUGAGGGUCUGCUGCAGAUUCCAGCUCUCAUCUCAGCCGUGCAAACCUUGUAGCAACUGUACAGGCCACAAGAGUUUUCGGCCUUCCUUCCCAGGGAUUCCUCUGUUUCUGGUGGUUGAUGGCUUAGGCUGGCUGCAACCUAUUGUAUUUGAAGGUCAAAACCUUCAUGUGGCUAAUGUGGUAUCCAGGAUUUGGUCCUCUGGCACCGACUCUCACCUUCCUUCAGCACUGGCAGGUCUUGGCUCAGUUCUACCCAGUGUUCUCAGUGUAUCAAGAGGAUUUGCUUUUUCUUCCCAAAUUCUGCUUUAUAAUAACCAUAACCAUAUUGUCAUGACAAUAAUUGGAGGUAGCAAGAGCUAUGCCAUGCUGCCUGAUACAUUAUUAAAAGAAAAAAAAGUGAAAACCCCUCUCUGAAGAGCACUUCUUCAUGCUCUGCCUGAGUGAGGCUUUGAGUUAGGGUGCGAGAGCAGCAGUAGAGAGGUGGAGCGGGGGGGAGUGCUGUGGCUCCAUUGUAGAACUACCUGCACCAGGGACAGUUUGAAAUUUAACCUAUUGGGGACAUUUGAGGAAUACAGGGAAAGUUGCAGUGCAGGGAAGUGCUCGAUAGUGGCAGCCACAGGUUCAUAAUUUGCUCUGGCAAGUCUUGGCUUUUGAAGUUAGCAACAAACACGGAGCUUCCACCUGUCAGGUGUAUCUCACUCCUAACUGAUUUAUGGGGAAGGUUUGCUGUAGUUGCCCUGUAGGGCCAAGUUAAUUUUAGGUGUUCUUCCACCAUAGUCAACAGAGCUGCACCAGGGAUCAAUCUGGCUUGAAAUGCAAAUGUGUUGUAGGAUUCCACUCUUGUAUUAGAAAUGGCUGGGCUCUUUCUGUGUGGGUCCCCUGUCUCUGGUAGGGAGUGCUCAGCUGUGAACCUGCUCUUUGCCCUGGGGCAUCCAUUCCUGAGGGGAAAAGCACUCCUGGGCCCUAUGAGGGGAAUUGUUUGUUGGUUCUGCUCUUUAGGAAGGCAGUGUUAAUCCUUUUUUGUAUCACACAGAGUGCAAUUAUUUUAUUCCUCCCCUCCCCCUUCUCACACAGCAUCCGUUGCUGGCAACGGACACACGAAUACACUGGUAGCAAGGAGUUAAUCAAAUCUGCCCUGGGGUAUGCAGUGUCUCCUGAAGCACCCAGAAUACUUAGGUGGGUAUUUAGAGUUCCCUUUUUAUAGCUCAUUAAAUUAAAAGAGAACGAACACUGGACAGAUUUUUUUUUUUUUUUUCAUGCUGUGAUGCCAGUAUUACGAAAUCGGAGGAACAGUACGUAGUUUAUCAGCCUUGAUGGUCUUGGGCGUGUAGACCCAGGCAAAAUAGUCACCUGAUGCUGUACAUAGGGGAAGAAAAGAGAUGAGAUCUGUACGUGGGAUAAUGUAGAUGAGCUCUACUGGACCAGAACAAGAAUUGCAAGGUGCAGGUGGGAGUUGGGAUCUCCCCAUUUUUGGUUCUGUCAGGGUCACCAAACACAGUGUCUAAAGCUGGGUUAUCCUCUCACAGCAUAGCUUAAGUGUGGUGUCGUGCUGCCUCCUACACCAUCCCUGCAUCAUCUGAAACCCUCAGCUUGACAGAAACAUCCUUAGGAUCCCUGCUUUCUCCUUAGCUGUUACAAAACUCUUUAAAAAGUUUAGAAGGAGUUAGCAACAUGGUUUGGUGACUCCCAGCUGCAGCUGGGACUGGAGGAGGAGUAGCUGUCCACAGAGCUAACUGGGUGCACAAUGGCAGUCAUGUGUCUUGACUUCGGAAGGUCCCCACUAAAUGACGCUGGUUUUGCUCAGUGAUGUAAUAUUUAGAUGCUCAAACUACAGAGGGGUUUCCCAGCAGCAUCUAGUGUCUUAUUCCAUUAUCCUUAUUGCCUGUGCCAUUGUAACAGCUAUCGUCGUCUGCUUUCCACUGAUGUCUGACAUGAACCACCCAGCUAUUGCAUCCUCAUAGAGUGGUAAUUUAUACCCAGAAGUGCACUUUACUUGCAGCUUGCACACCAGAAACAGAAAGGGGCCCGGCAAAUUCUUAAAUCAAUUGAAAUAAUUAUACAUAAUACCAUGUACCUAAUGCAGCAGGAUUAGCCAGACUUCUCCUUUCCAAGCAACAUGGCUGCAGUCAGAGCUUUGUCUUUUCUGCAAAAUCUCCCUUUUUAAUACAUGUGAUGCUUCUUAUAACAUCUUACAGAAGUGCCCAGAGCACAUUACUGGGGUCUCGGUGGCAGCUCAGCAAGAGCUCGGGAGCUGGACUAGAGUUAUAGAGACAUUUACAUGAAGAAGAAAAAAACGCACAAGGCCUAACGUUUGUUUGUAUGUGUAUCUUCCUCAGUAGAUUAAAGUUGCCUGUUUUGAGUUCACCAGCAAUAAAAAAACCUUGUGAUUUAUCUACCUUGUCCUAACUGCAGCAAGGAGAGAGUGGCCCAGUGCUGCUUUUCUUUUCUGGGGGGUGAUGGGUGGUGGGAUAUGGACUUUAAUUACCCCAAGGUUCCAGUUUUGCCUCCCUUCUCUUGCUUAUCUCUUGUACGGUCCACCCUAAAGGAUCUCAAAGUACAUGAUGAAAUAGAGUCGGGUGUCCUGCGCACAAGAGGCGGUUCAAGCAUUACUGUGAUGUCUGUUCAUACUCCAGAGAUCUUGCCUGAGGGAAAUGGUUGAUUUAGAGCAGGACUGGACUGUGUUUCGGUCUUUGGUGUUACAGUUGAGAGAAAUAUGUAUGUAUGUACCAGGUACUAUUGCGCCUUUGGUCUGAGUGCAUUUUGUAAUUAAAGCAGAAUAAUCCAAUCAAGGUUUUGCUUGACUAGCCCUGCGACUAUAAAAGGUAAAAAAAGACUGCAGGGCUUUAACUGCUUUGGGAAUUAGGAAGCGGGUGACUGAAGUCCUCCUGAAUUCAAUAGCAUUGCUCUGCUCCUGACUGGUUUUCUGAAACCUGCACAGAAAGAAAGGGGAUUUCUUCGUUUGUGGGAACUUUCUGCCCUUUCUGUACUAUGAAUAAAACAUGAGCCACCACUAAGAUGUGAACUGAAACUGAAUGUUUUUCUAUUUUAGUUUAUCUUGGGCCCUGAAUAGAUGCAAUAUGCCCUGUAUUCACGGGGGACAUUUGCAGACCUGAGUUUUUUGCUUCAGUUCAUCUGCCUGCAAACUGCAGCGGAACCACCUGAGAAGGAGACUACUCUUUUUCCCUUCCUUCCACCUCCUGCCCCAGGGAAUGGAGCAAGUGCUGCUGCUGCCCAGGGGCCGCGGUGCCACUUGCUAUUUUAAGCUAACAGAGGUUGGUCUCCACUUGGGCAGGGGAACUUUGAUUUUAAGAGCUGUAAGGCUCUGGGCUUCAGGCUGAUUACUAGCAAGUCAUCCACAGGCACGAUAGUGAAUUUGUACUGCGUGGAAUGGCUUAUUUCUUCUAGGAUGGCAAGGGUUUGCUCCAUCAAGGGUUUCGUCACUUGGUUCGCUGCUUUGUGAACAAGAGGGAGGUUACAGAAGCAGGUGGUGCCCCCAGUACCUGCUGUGCUUUUGGCCCCUGGGCAGCUAGCACAGAUGCCGAAGGAAAAAGUGCUGUCUUGACAGAAGUCCUAGGGACGGGCUGGGGACACACUGGUUAGCUUGUGUCUAAAGGCACCGCUUCUUCAAAUACAAAGCUGCGCUUUCCCGCUGAGAUCUUUAAUACAUGCAGCAGUGCAGAAGUUGUCUGCUUGCCCCAAAGUAUAUGAUUGCCUGAACUUACCGUGAAGUAGAAGGGAUGUUUAAAAUCUCUAGUCCUCUUUUUCUCUAGGGGGUUCUCGACUUACGUCUUUGUGGAAAAAUACAUCACCUAGAGAUAUGCAAGCUAGUGCUCAUUAAGCCAGUAUAGGUACUAAAAGCCAUACAGCGCUGUGCUCCGUCCUGCUAAGUUAAUCAUGCUGAGAAGCAGAAUACCUUGGCCCACAGAGCGUGCUGCCAUGUGGCUAUAGCACUUCAGCACCUGAAUUAGUACAAACGCCUACUCAGGAAUGCAUUUUGCCUUAUAAAACGUACUCUUAAUUCCAUGGGUUCCAGUGGAAAUGUUUGUCAUGCUUAAGAGGGAGAAAGACUGAAAUCCUAUAUAAGCUUCAUCACUGCUUAUGAUCUUACUUGAGAGCAUCUUGUUCAAAGUUUCAGCUACUUGACUGAGACCCUAGAGACCAAAUGUGGAAGGUGACUUGCCACAAUCUUGGAGCAGCAGGUCACUAGCGUCACGCAACUGUAGACUGCAUCGCACCUGGUGUGCUGUGCAGCUCCAGUGCGCAGCCAGGAUGAGCUUCCACCAUACAAGGACUGUGAUGAGUAGAGGGGGUGAUACAAGCACUGCUGGUGACGGUGGCAGAGCGCGGACUGGUGGUGACAUUCACAUUCCCAAAUCUUCAAGAGCUGGACGGGUUGGAAGCAGCUCUUCCAUGUUCCCUGUAUUUGGGACUUGUUGCAGGUCUAAAGCAAACUGGCAGGUUUUUUAUUCUAAGAGAAGCAGACCGUUUCCUCGACUCCUUACUCUGGAGUCUGGGCAGCUCACUCCUUUUGUAGCCACUGGAUUUUCUGAUGUGAAUGGCCUUCAUUAGUGUCUCAGAAAAUAGUGAUUUUUAAAUGGUAAUCCCAAAUGCUUGACGUCAGUUUGUAUUUAUGCUUUAGUCAAUUUAGGAGCUAAAGACCCUUAAGUAUCUGGUGAUGCUGUUUGUUUGUACUGUGGUGUGGCAUGCUGUCCUGCUUUGAUGCUAUAAUGAAGAAGAAA